GUCAGUUCAUUAGUACAAGUAAUUGCUCACUUCAAAAAAUUCGGUUGCUGUUGCUAGUCACUUACAAAUAAUUUUUAAAUUGUGAAAAAGUAUUGUGUUAACAUUUUUGUGUUUUUAUUUUCCGAUUCUUUUUUUUUCAUAGUGAGUAAUGAUUACGGAACGUGAUUUGACUUGAUUAAACGUCAGCUGGUUGUACAGUCCGAUAAAAUCGACAGAAAUGGCGGCGCUCUGUCCAGGUGUUCAGUAUGGCUUGUCAUCGCAAGAAAGUUUCGGUGAAAAUAAAGACUUAAUAUUUGUGAAAUUAACAGAUUCUGCUUUACGUGCAAUAGAGGAAUAUCUAAGAAAUCAGAGUAAACUAAGUCAGAAUCCCACGAUAAAGUUCGUAGGAAAUGAAGGGAAAUUGUCCUUUCCGUCACUUCAAAAUGGCUGCACAAUGUUCAAUUUCUCGAUGUCGAGUACGGCUGAUAUGGAAGGCCCGGGGGGCAGUUUCGAAUGCAUUAAACAAUCAGCCGCACCGAGGGGAGCUCUGGAAGCUCUCGGGGCUAUUCCACACAAAAUUCGAAUACACGCCAACGAAGACGUCUAUGAAGCUACGAGACACCGAAUGACAGUCGCGGAAGAGAAUCACAAAAAUAAAUGCACAAGAGAAAUUAAACCGAACCAGAAUGACAUAGGUAGGAAGGUUAAGGUGAAGCAACUGCCAGGACGGACCGUGUCGUCAACCACGGCAGUGCCGCCCCCGUCUUCGCGGAGGGAUGCACCCCCUAUUCGGGAAAGUCUGCUCAAAUCGCCGAACCAAACAAAUCUGAACUCCAAGACUCCGCCAUUAUACGCGAAUAGCAACGGUUUGACCAACGGCUUGGGAAGCAGUUACGCCAACAAUUCCCGUCCUUUGCAAAAUAAACCCUCCAUGCCUGAGAUUAUGCGAAGACCAAUCAAAGAACGUUUGAUUCACCUUCUUGCCUUGAGACCGUUCAAAAAGCCCGAAUUAUACGAAAGGCUCGUACGAGAGGGUUUGCGGGAGAAGCAUAGCAUGACGUCCAUUUUAAAGCAGAUUGCAUACAUGAAAGACAACGCGUACCACCUGAACAGGGCUAUGUGGAACGAUGUGAGGGAAGAUUGGCCGUUUUAUACAGAGAGUGAAAGACAAGCGCUGAAAAGACGAAAACCACAGAACCUUACUCCGCCAGGCAGUAGCGACGGUGGUAGUUCGGGCAGCGGUCAGUCACCGACCAGCACACACCCAGGCUCACCUCCACCGCCCAUAUCAACAACCCCGUCGUCCAAACGGCCCGGCUAUUACGACGGUGCCGACGGCCUGCCCACCAAAAGGCAACGCAUCUCUCACUAUCGCAAACCCUCCGAGCAAGUGGUGUGCAGGUCACCGGUCGAAAAUAACAGUCAAAGACGACCGGUGACCGAUUCUCGGGACGCAAGCAACAUGAACCCUCGCAGCAGGGAAAUGCCGUUGACGCCAUCUUCGACGAACGGUCACUACUACAACAAUAACGGAUAUCCAACUAACGGUUUCGGUCCCCACCUUAGCGAAGACGACGACGACGAUGAGGAAGACAUAGACGCUACCAUGGUUGACGUUUCGACCCCUGUUACCGUCUCGCGUAGCAGCAGUAACAGCAACAGCAACAACAUUAACAACAACAAACAACGGCCUUGUGAUAGUCAUAAUAUUAAUAAUAAUAAUAACAGUAGUUGUUUGAAUUUUGGUGUUAGUCGUGAAAAGUCGUCAUCGCCUUUCGGGGGUGGCAGUAACGGUAAUAGUAACGGUGGCGGGUCACCGUUACUCGCCGUAAGUGGCGGUAGUGCGAAGCAGUCGCCCAAAAAGAACGGAUUCGUUGUUAGUUCAUCUUCGGUUGUCGGUGGUAGUGGCGGAGGCGGAGGCGGAGGCGGCGGGGGUGGCACCCCAACAAAUGUGGUUGCGAACGAGAAUAAUAAAGUUGUGCGGGUGAACGAGCCGGCGGUUGUGACGCAAACGAAUAAUAACGGCAGCAAGUACGCGGACUACGUCAAAACUCAUUCGAACAACAACAACAGCAGCAGCACCAAAAAACAGCAGCAACAGUCGCAAGAGGUGAAUGGAACGUUGCAGAGGCAUGCUGAACAAGUUUCGGCAACGGAUUCAGGACCUCCUCCACCCCCUGCCGAUGUACAAAAACAAAAGACCCUGGCUGAAGUGGAUCCCACACCGGAGUUCCCGGAUUAUUUGACUGAGUACACCACCAUUAAAAACUCGGAUCAACGGCGAAGGUAUAAGGCAGACUUCAAUGCUGAUUACAGUGAAUAUAAGCAACUUCAUGCCGUUGUGGAAAAAGUGUCCAGAAGAUUCGCUGAACUGGAAGAAAGACUUCGCCAAACCGACAAACACAGUCCGAAGUACAAGGAAAUAAGAAAGCAAAUAGUAAAAGAGUACAGGGAAAACAAGCAGGAUUUGGGUCACCAGAGGGAUAAAAGACGAUUCCAAUAUUUACACGAAAAAUUGUCGCACAUCAAGAGGCUGGUGCUGGAGUAUGACCAGACAAAUGCAGAAAAAAGGUACUGACCUUGGGCGAAGGCCCAUUGGCCACCAGCCCAAGACGUCAAUGAGCAUUGCUAUGGACAAAAUACGCCUUGUACUACUAUUACUAUAACUAUAGCUAAAUCUUCGCUACUUGUUACAUCACCAUCACUACCCUUCUUACUACUGUUAUUUAUAUUUUUAAGAACUUAUUUUCUUCCUGUUAAUAUUAGUAUGACACUUCAGUAAUGUUAUUUUACUGUUGCUGCCAAUUUACCGCGUCGCCGUAGUUUGUUUUUUGAUUGUUAGUCAGAGUUUUGUGUAUGUAUUAUCGAAUGUUGUUUACGUUGAGUUUAAGUUUUUUUUAAUAGUUGUGCAGUUUUUAUAAUUCGUUGGGUUGGAGCUCAGUCUUGCUCAAUUACCAUUUGUGAUAUGCCGCGACGGAGUUAACAAAUAACUUCGCACGGGGCCAACUUUUAAGUCACCCGACGAUUUAUGUUACAUUAAUUCGUACGUUAACUACACGCUCGUUUCGCGACCCCCUGUCUUUUUAUUUUAAUUUUCCCUAAGUAAUUUUACCAAGUGUUAUAGUUACGGUUAGGUUUGAACUUUUAGAAAAAUUUGUUUUUAGCGAAUGAUAAUUAAUUUACUAUCUAUACAAUGACUGCUAAAUAAACGCAUAUCUAUCCUGGAUUUUCUAUUUGCUUAUUUCGUUAGUGAGAAAGGCCGAGUUUUACAAGAAAUAGUCUAUGGUCGACCCACAUUUGAAAAUGGCCCUCAUGACGGUGAGUUUAAAUAUGUUUUCUAGAAAAAGUUUUAUUAUUCCUUUAACUUAUUGUAAUCAUUCAUAAUAUUUAGGAUUACUCGAAUUAUUUUGGUCUAAAUCUACAAUCUAAACAAAAGUUGAUUUCGUUGAAUAUGAAAUAAUAUAUCAUUAAUAACAACUGACAACUACAAAAAAAAAUUGCACCACCAAAAUAAUUAUGUGUAACUAUUAAAGUGGUCCUAAAUAUAAUGAAUUAUUAGAUUAACUACUUACAAGGGAUAAUAAAAAAAGUUUUUUAGAAAACUUAUUAAUCGCACCGUUGCGGGUGCCAUUUUGUACUCAUAUCGAUUGUAGUCUUUUGACGGUGAAUUUUGCAUCUGUCUUACAUAUCAUGUUUUGUAGAAUUCGUAGAAAUUGAGUUAAAAUCUUUGAUACAUUAGACAAAGAUAAAAUACAAUAAAAUUGUAUAUCAUGAUAACAAUUUGUUUUGCAAAAUUUUUAAAAUUUUUCCUAUGAAUUAUUAACUUCACUACUAAAAUGGUGACAGCAUUUUACAAAAAUAAAUUAAAUUAUUUGCUAAUCGUAAAGUAUCAAAUUUUGUUUAAUAUUCUUGUUAAAG